UCAAAUUCAUCAAAACAUAAUACCAUAUCAACAACAAAAUCAAAUACAAGUUCUAAUCAAACGUUUUUAAGUGUAACUUUUUCUGAAUCCAUUUUAGUAAAUUAUAAAAAUGGCAGAAUAUGGAGGAGAUAAGCAGUAUGGUCGCCAGACCGACGAGUAUGGCAAUCCCAUUAAGCAAACUGAUGAGUAUGGAAACCCAGAUCACACCACCACCGGAGGAACCGGUCACCAGGGGUUGGGUAGUAAAAUUGGUGAAGCCACUGGGUUAGGAACCGGUGGUCAUCAUACAACCGGUCAUCAAGGGUCGGGUACUGAAACCGAAUAUGGUCACCAAAGUUUGGGUAGUAAAAUAGGUGAAGCCACUGGGCUAGGAACUGGUGGUCAUCAACAGACAACCGGUCGCCAGGGAUCGGGCACUGGAACCGGGUAUGGUUCCACCGGUCAUCAGGGAUCGGGUACUGAAACCGAGCAUGGUACCACAGGUCACCAGGGUUUGGGUAGUAAGACUGGUGAAGCCACUGGGCUAGGAUUCGGUGGUCAUCAUAAAACCGGUCACCAGGGGACCGAUAAAGAAUAUGGUUCCACCGGUCAUCAGGGGUUGGGCACCGGAACCGAGUAUGGUACAACUGGUCACCAGGGUAUGGGUAGUAAAAUUGGUGAAGCGACUGGGUUAGGAACCGGUCACCAAGGGUCGGGUACUGAAACCGAGUAUGGUAACACAGGCCACCAAACUUUGGGUGAAGCCACUGGGAUAACAACCGGUGGGCAUCAUACAACCGGUCGCCAAGAGUCGGGUGAAGCCACUGGGAUAACAAGCGAUGGUCAUUAUACAACCGGUCACCAGGGGUCGGAUACUGGAACCGGGUAUGGCAACACAGGCCGAAGUUAUGAUACCACGGGUCAUCAAGGCCAAGGUACUGAAACCGAGCAUAAAAUUAGUACGAUGGAGAAGAUUAAAGAGAAGCUUCCUGGUGGUCAUAAAACCGAGCCGACGACGACCACAACAACUACCGAUGGUGGUGUUUAUGGGGAAACGCCGCAUGAAAAGAAAGGGAUAAUUGAGAAGAUCAAAGACAAGUUGCCAGGACAUCAUUGAUCAUUGUAUAUAUAUUAUUGUCUUUGAGGAUGCAUGUAUGAUCAUACUCCAGUUUAGUUUAUACUUACAUGCAUAAUAACGUACAAUGAAGACGUACAAAAACAACAUAAUAAGCAGCUUUGCUUGCUUUGGUUUGCCCAUAUAUGCAUGUUCAUGGGUAUUGCCAAAGCAAGUUUGGAGUUGAUUGUUUGGUCGAUCUAUGAUCAUGUGUGAUUUUGAUUUGGGUAUUCUCUUUUUUAUUUUUCCUGUUUUUUGUUGUGUAGUUGUGUUUGUGGUUUAUGGAAUAUGAUUUUGGAUUACCACUUUUGUAAUUA